AUGGCUUCGACUUUUGAGCCUUCUCGGUCCCGGCAUUCUAUGGCGCCCGGGCCGGCGACGUCGGUGGCAGACACGUUACCCAGCAUCCACUUCGGGUUCGAUGAACUGCGCGAUCGCAUGACCAAAUUCAGUGUCAAGUUUGACGCGUUUAUCGAGCAAGGACGAAAACGCGUGUUGGAAGAGAGGAACCAGUUUCGGAUGAACAUGGCAGAGCUACAAGAGGACCAACGAAUGAAAAAGAAAGACAUCGAGAUCCUACGCCUCAAAACGAGCACACACCAACAAACGGUCGAGCGGGAAACAGCAGAGAAGCGGGAGAUGGAGGGCGCGAUCGCGCAACUGGAGAAGGAGCGGGACAAGCACCUGACGGCGCGGGAAGCACUCCAAAAGCAGAUGGCGGACACGCAGCGGGAGAUCGACGCGCGGCUGGCGGCGCAGAGGGAGUACGCGGCGCGGAUGGAGGCGCAGUCGCGGUUCAACGUGCCGGAGCUGGAGUUUUGGCAGCAGAACCUCGGGCUCCGGAUCGAGGGCGCGGGCCACGACGACCGGCUCAAGUUCGUGUACACGUGCAUCGACGAGAAGGACUGGGACCGGGAGGCGUGGUUCGAGCUCAGCACGGCGACGCGGGACUACGACGUGCGGCACUGCCGGCCCAAGCUGGAGAAGGAAAAGGUGGAGCGGGUGCUGGACCGGGUCAACGAGACGAGGGAGCUGGUGGUGUUGCUCAAGGGGAUGCGGGAGCUUUUUGUGGAGGCGAUGAAGGCAUCAUGA